AUGGAUGGGUUUUACCCCUCGGCAGGAGGAGCUGGGCAGGACGUGCUCAGUGCCAGCAGCUGGGCAGGACAAAGCCACUCGCCGCUGUCCCUGCGGGUGGUGACAGCCGCCUGCCUGUCCCUCCUCAUCCUCUCCACGCUGCUGGGGAACGCCCUGGUGUGCGUGGCCGUGCUCAGGUUCCCACACCUGCGUUCCAAGGUCACCAAUCUCUUCGUGGUCUCCUUGGCCGUGUCCGACCUGCUGGUGGCCGUCCUGGUGAUGCCCUGGAGAGCUGCCAGCGACCUGCUGGGCUUCUGGCCCUUCGGGGCUUUCUGUGACCUCUGGGUGGCUUUUGACAUCAUGUGCUGCACGGCCUCCAUCCUCCACCUGUGCCUCAUCAGCGUCGAGCGCUACUGGGCCAUCGCCAGCCCCUUCCGCUACCAGAGGAGGGUGACACAGCGCCUGGCCUUCCUCACCAUCGGCGUGGCUUGGCUGCUGUCCCUCCUCAUCUCCUUCAUCCCCGUGCAGCUGCAGUGGCACAAGGAGCGGGAGCUGCCCGGCCGAGAGCAGCUGGGGUUUAACGGCUCUGCGGAGGAGGGGAGCUGUGAUUCCAGCCUCAGCAGGCCCUACGCCAUCUCCUCGUCCCUCAUCAGCUUCUACAUCCCCGUUGCCAUCAUGCUGGGCACCUACGGCCGCCUCUUCCGCGUCGCCCGGCGCCAGCUCCGCGGGAUCUCCUCCCUGGAGAGACCGGCGGGGCACGCCCGGAGCUGCCCGGGCAGCAGCGACUGCCCUCGGGAAACCUCCCUGAAAAACUCCCUCAAGAAGGAGACCAAGGUGCUCCAGACGCUCUCCAUCAUCAUGGGCGUCUUCGUGUGCUGCUGGCUGCCCUUCUUCGUGCUCAACUGCCUGGUGCCCUUCUGUGACCCUGAGCGGGGCGACCCGGGAGCGCUGCCGUGCGUCAGCGGGGCCGUGCUCAGCACCUUCACCUGGCUGGGCUGGGCCAACUCCGCCCUCAACCCCAUCAUCUACGCCUUCAACGCCGAAUUCCGCCGGGCUUUCUCCUCCCUGCUGGGCUGGGGCUGCCUCUGCCGCGGCAGCGCCGUGGAGACGGUGACCUUCAGCAACGAGCUGGUGUCUUUCCACCCCGACACCACCGACCACAGGGCUCUGCAGACCCCCAGCCCCCCCCAGCUGCUGCCCCACGCUGUGCCGCAGGUGGAAAACCCCGAGGUGGCCUUGGGGAAGGUUUCUCCGGGCUCCUCCCCGCCUCAGGACCCCCUUCCUGAGUGUGGAACCCCCGUCCGGCUGGGGAGGAUUCCCCCCCUCGCCAGCAGCGCCUUCCAUUGA